GACACCAGUUCCUUUGCAUCUGGAUCUUAGAAGGUGAAGUGGAAAGAAGCUGGUGCUAAAAUUUGGAUCACAGAUAGCACAGGGGAGAAUUCUAGAUCUAAAUUGUCAUGGGCCAGUGCUUGUUCUGGCAGUAGAGAUUGCCCUUAUACCGAGGGCUCAGAUUCUCACUACAUAGACAUCCGAGCUGGCAGCUUUCCUCAACCUGCUGGUAAAGUUUGAGAAGUGUGUUUCUUUGCCAAGCUCCUGUUUACCACACACACCUUGCAUGUGCUCUGAAACAACAGUCAGCUAGUCAUUUAGAGGGAGGAAAGGGUUUCCUUCUAGAUCUUUUCUGUUUGUCUUACAUGCAAGAGCACAAAGUGGAUUUAAGAUACAGGAGGGAGAGAAGUUUGAAUAGCUUCUAAAGGUUCCUUGUAAGUUUUGGCCAUCAAGAUGGGAAAGUCCAUUUCUUCAAAUUCUGUCAUUCUGGAAGCCCCUGAAAAAGCAGGGCAGUAUACUGUGCAUGGGAAACAGUUUCCUUCUCUGACUUCUGUGGCAAAGUGACACAUUCCCAUGAAGAGCAAGGGAGUUUGAUUGUCAGUCACAUACCAGUAGCUGAGAAUAAACAGUCAAAUAGUAACUGUUGAGAAGUACUAGGUUUGGGAAAACCUAAAUUUUACAGAAUAAAAGUCCAAACCCAGUAUUACUCCCUCGGCCCCUUGAAUUCACAGAGCCUUUUAGAGGUAAUCCUCUAGCACAAGGAAGCCUAAAAGUAAGCAGCUUGGGCCAAGGAAAGCUAGGACCACUAUAGAGCUAGACAGGUACACACCUUACCAAAUGCCAUUUUUGCCUGGGGCUUUGCAGUGCAGUGUUGCUGCCCCAACAUGGCACCUUAUCUUUUGGAUAAGCACUAUGUUGUAUUUAUACCAAUUAAUUACUUGAAACGGUGAUAAUACUUGUCAGUUUGCUGUCAAGCCUGUGAUAUAUUUUCCAAGUGGUUUUGUUUUUAAAUAAAGUUUCAUGGUCUCCAACUUUUUCCUAGUGGGUAGUGAUAUAUCAGUAUGCCUCUGAAUUUUAAGACAUCCUGAGAGUGCAUAGUAGUAGAUGGAAAGCACUAAGGGAAAGUCAGAGCAUCAUGGCUUAAAGUCUGUUAAUGUAGAAAAGAUACCCAGAGCCAAGCGAUGGUGGCAUAACACCUUUAAUCCCAGCACAUGGGAGGCAGAGGCAGGUGGAUCUCUUGAGUUUGAGGAUAGCCAGGCUACACAGAGACCUGUCUCGAAAGCCCCUCCAGAAAAUAAUAGGAUUAAGGGUGCAUACCUGUAAACUCAGUACUUCCAAGGUUGAGAGGAGGAGGACCGCCCUUGUUUGAGGACAGCCUGGGCUACAUACUGAGACCCCUAACAGCAAGUGGUGGAAAGAGUAUACAGUUAAGACUCCUUGUUCCGGUUGGAUUUUGUCAACGACACAAACUAGUCACAUGGUAUGAACCUCAGUUGAACUGCCUCCAACUGGCAGGUCUGUAGACAGCAUGUCUGUGGGGACGUUUUCUGCAUGACUGAAGCGAGAAAGCCCAAGUCACUGAGGGCCUGAGGGCCACCCCUGGGGAGGUGCACACCUUUACUCUCAGCACUCAGGAGGCAGGCUCAAGACCUCAGGGCUUUCUUGUGGUACGCCUCACGUUUUAUGUACAGGGGCCGUGGUGUGCUAAGUGGGGAUCUGGAAGCAGAACUGCAGGACUAUAUGGGUCAAGAAUACUCCAGACUCCGGAUUCACAUCCUAGAAUCAGCCUCGGCCCCUUCCCGCUACUGGUGCAGGGAAGCCAUUGAUUAAUUUGGAUGCUUCAGGAGCCCUCACCUUCGCCUUACGGGUACGCUUAGGAAAUAAAGGGCAGCGCGGUGCGGCAGCCUGUAAUCCUAGCACAGGAGGCGGAGCCAGGAAGAUGGAUUUCAAGUCAGCUUCGACUACACCGUGAGCUCGAGGUCCGCAUGAAUUACAUCAAAAACGGGGAGGGCAUGGGAAGAGAGGAAAGGGAAGGAGAAACGACGAAAAUGUAACGAGAAAAAAGGAAAGGGAGAAAUUAACGGAAAAAGUGACAAGCAAAGAAGCGCGAAAGCUGCACUUCAAUUUCACACAAAGGACGCUUAGCCCAGGCCCCGCCUCUCAAUCCUAGCCAGUCACUGACGACGCAACCGGAAGUGUGGCGUUGGUUCGGGCGUCCUUCUCAGUAUCGCGAGAUGGAAGUGAUGAUUGCCUCGCGCGGUAGUGACGUCAGACAUCGGCGCCCGGCCUGCUGCGCGUGCGUUUGUGAGGCCGCCCGCUCUUUUCCAUCGUCCCGAGCCCGCUGAAAAGUCGCCAUGAGCAAGGCCCACCCUCCCGAGCUGAAGAAAUUUAUGGACAAGAAGUUAUCAUUGAAGUUAAAUGGUGGCCGACAUGUACAAGGAAUACUACGGGGCUUUGAUCCCUUUAUGAAUCUUGUGAUUGAUGAGUGUGUGGAGAUGGCAACUAGUGGGCAGCAGAAUAACAUCGGCAUGGUGGUAAGUAAAGGUCAUACGAGGAAACAGCAUCAUCAUGUUAGAAGCCUUGGAAAGAGUCUAAACAAUGGCUGGUCAGAAGAGGAGUCCACAUCCUUCCCCUAAGGACUGUUUGAUUGGGGUGUAGAAUUGGGUCAUGUACAUUUUCAUAUGAAACUUUUUGCUAAAUAAACUCUUGUGAUACUCAGAGUGCA